AUGAGCAUGAAACUGUCCACUCUCCUGGAACCGAAGUUCCGUGACAAAAAGUUUGACUUCGGCAUAUCAGCUAAUGAUUUAGGCAUGAUUUUUCAACCUAAACUAACCUGGAAACAACAUGUUGAUGCGUUGGUGAACAAUUCCAAAGCUGUCUUUCGGGCUUUCAGAGAUGCAAUUGGAAAAACCUGUGGACGUAAACUCAAGACUCAGCUCCAAUGUGGCUCUGGCGACGAUUUAUGGGUGAACCACGUCCAAAAAAAACCAGAAUUUUUACCACCGCUACCACGCCGAGUACCUGAAGAAUUGGUGGUAUUGAAUGGAAGACCUUAUGGAAUGCGUGUUAAUUAUCAAGUCAUUACAUUUGAUCCAGUGCACAAUCCAGCACCAAAGCCAGCUGCUCUUCCUAAUAAUGCUCACCUGUACCGUCCAGGUAGUGUAAAGAAUCCUAUUGGGAUAGUCCACGAAAACAACAUUUAUGAAUUUAGUGCACCUGGUGAAAAAGAUUUUACAAGGGAAGUCAAAUGUAUCACAGGUGAUUGGGUGGUUUACUUUGGACAACCUGUUGCCAGAUAUGACAAAAUUAUGUUUAUCAAGUAUAAGGAACGGAAACUAAACCCUGAGGACAGGAUAUAGUCAAAUGCAAUUUCUCAUGCAGCAAGUAAUGUAUAACUUCGAUUGAAAUGAGAUAAAUGAUAGAGUAAUUUCCCAUUUCUUGAUAGUACAGCUAUCUAGAAUUGAAAAAAAACCCUAAAAUUUAAGUAAUAUUUUAAACUUAAAAGCCAGAGAGCCGGUGCGAUGUAAUGGCUGUAGCUAAAUAAGAUCCAUGCUAUAGCUAAGCAUUUGGCAAACAUCUUCUCACAAUGAAAUCACAAAAAUGUUACUAAAGCCUUGUGAUCAAUUGUGGCCAGGAUUUUUAUAAAUGUAACUGCAGGGCAAAAAAAUGUAUGUAAAAUAAAACUCUGUAAUUGUUUCGAAGGUGAUAUGUUAUCAUAAUUUGCCUUACAAAAUAAGAAACCCGUUAACUAUAUUCUAUUCUACACUGUACGAGCUUAGGUAAUCUUUCAUUUUGUAUGGAAGGACAUGAGGGUGGUCCGAAAAUGUAUUUGAAAAUUUUUGUUCUGAAUUACUAUGCAUAUCACCUCGAAAUUUGUUCUAAGCUACAAACAAAAUUAAUUUUUUUUUUGUUGAAAACAAUUUAUAUUUAUGGGUUCCGCGAUCCACGUGAAUAUCAACACGUAUUUCCCAUAAAAAAUACGCUUUUGUUAAUUAUAUUAAAAAUUUUAAAGAUAUACUCAAUCAAGCGAAAACUCAGCAUUUCCGUUUACAAUGAGUUAUAGAAGACAUAUGAAUAAAACUUUAGUACUAUUACUCACAUAAUUUUAUUUUAGAUGAUCCCAAAAAUG